AUGGCCUCUCUAGACGCCACAAGCUGUCGACUCGAACCCAAGAACGGUUUCCCCAGCACAUUGAGCGUUCUGGGAACCGCCGUUCUUCGACACUUCCAUUAUCUUCAUAGGGCCAUCCCUCGUAAUCCUUGCCUGUAUCUCUGCCCAAGGUCAGCAACGCCCGUCCUCUACGCUGCCACCUCCGCUUUCCCCGUCCCUCUUCCGGUGAUGAAUAUAGCGCGCAACCAGCUCUCAUCCCUACCCAACGAUGCAUUCAGAGGACUGCAGAACCUACAGACACUGGAUAUAAGCGAAAACUCGCUCUCAUCCCUACCCAACGAUGCAUUCAGAGGACUGCAGAACCUACAGACACUGUGGCUUGAUCGCAACCGGAUACGCAAAAUUUCUCGGGCGGCGUUCGGGGACUUAACUCAUCUUCAAGAUCUUUAUCUCGAAAAUAAUCCUCUCAACUGCGACUGCCAGCUGCGAUGGCUCAUUGAGAGAAUGCAGGUCAGCCAGUCUCUCAAAGUAGAUUCAGCCGUGUGUAGUGAGCCCGCGCACCUGAAGGGGCGUAACAUAGCGAGCGUCAACCCAAUGGCUCUCAACUGCGGAACACAGAUAAACGAUUUCAACGAAUGCGCGUUCGACCCGUGUAAAAAUGGCGCCACGUGCAGCAACGUCCAGUAUGCGUUCUCAUGCACAUGUUUACCAGGCUGGAAGGGAUAUAACUGUGACCAGGAUCAGAUACCCAGACCCCAAAAUCAGCCAAAACAGAUAUUAACGAAUGCUCGCCCGCUCCUUGUAAGAACGGCGCCACGUGCAGCAACCGCCAGAAUGCGUACUCAUGCAAGUGUGUUCCUGGCUGGCAGGGAAAAAACUGUGACCAGGAUAUCGACGAAUGUGCCUCAAACCCUUGUAAGUACGGUGCGACGUGCAGCAAUCUUCAGAACCAGUAUUCGUGCCAGUGUUCACCGGGCUGGAAUGGAAAAAACUGUGAUCAGGAUAUUAACGAAUGCUCGCUCGCUCCGUGUAAGAACGGCGCCACGUGCAGCAAUCUCCAGAAUGCGUACUCAUGCAAGUGUGUACCUGGCUGGGAUGGAAAAAACUGUGACCAGGAUAACAACGAAUGCGCGCCCGACCCGUGUAAAAAUGGCGCAACGUGCAGCAACCUUCAGAAUGCGUACUCAUGCACGUGUAACCCUGGCUGGAAGGGAAAUAACUGUGACCAGGAUGUCGACGAAUGUGCCCAAAACCCUUGUAAGUACGGAGCGACAUGCAACAAUCUUCGGAACGAGUAUUCGUGCACGUGUUCGCCCGGCUGGCAGGGGAAAAACUGUGAUCAAGGUAGAUAUCAACGAAUGCGACCUUGCGCCAUGUAAGAACGGCGCCAAGUGCACAAAUCUUCAGAACGCCUACUCUUGUACAUGCUUACCGGGCUGGCAAGGCAACAGCUGUGAUCAAGAGGCGUCAACAUCUCAAGCGCCGGAAUCACAUUCAACUGCCUCACCGACUACGGAAUCGUUGAAAUAUGUGUACAUUGGCAUUGGGCUCGGCGUCUUUGUGUUGGUUGUCAUCAAUGUAGCAGUUAUUGUCAUCAUAACAAAGAAAAUACGCAGGAGGCGUAAUACCCCAAGCUAUCCGAUGACAGACCGCCAACAGAUGACGCAAUGCGUUCCCUCUCAGAUAGAUGCUUUGAGAGAUUAUCAACCACUGGCAGAUCGUGGUCUGAUGGGAAGAGACUAUGAUCGCAUAGCAGACCGUGAUGUGCUUCCAAGAGAGUAUGAUGAGGUAGAGAUCACAGAGACGAGCCUUCAGUCUGACGUCCCACAAUACAGGGCGCCACUAGCAGCAAGGACGAUGGUUACCUAAACCAAUGACUGAAAAGAUGUCAAGGGACAUAUCAAUACCACUAAAACCAAAGGACUAGCCGUAGCCGUAACGUUAAACGAGUGUCACUUGCAACAUAACACCAGUUCCAACAGAGCUUUCAAUGGAUAUACAUGCCCUGCUUUAAAAGACAAGCAAUUGUCCCUUCGCGCAAAACAUCAAGGCAUCAUAUUUUUUAUCCACAUGUAUGCAACCUUGUAAAGUGCGAAGGAAUUGUUUAUAUUGUAAAAAAAAUAAAUAUUUUGCUUAUUUACAUUUUAUUGAUAAAAAAUGUAUCACAAUAACAAUACCAAAUUAAAAUUGAGUUGUUAGUUUAAAGAAAAACAUAUUUAGAUAAUUUGUAUUCUCUCAAACAGGAAUCUGUUUAUUGAUGUUUGCGACUAAUUGUGUGUGCCUGUUUUUCCUUAAUGUCCUUAAUGUAGGAUAUUCUAAUAGUUAAAUAUUUAUUUGACGCUUUCCUUUCGUGAUGUGAGUUCUGUUUAUAUUAUGUUUAUUCUUGAUAUACAAUAACGAUGUACAAUGUGCAUGCAAAUUGAUGUAUUUCUUACGUUUAUCACAUGGCCAUGAGACAAAAUACUCAAACUUUGAAUGACGAGUUCAGCAUACAACCGUCACAUUUUGAAUGUAUGAAUUUCUUUUAUUGAAAUAAUGCGAUUUAAACGAACUAGUUUGCUGAAUAAUGUAAACAAUUAAGUUUAAAACAUUUUUUUAAGUUCACAGACUGUUGGCUUAAUAUUCGUAGUCCGGAAUGUAAUAAAUAUUGGACAAAACAAACACUAAUAUGGCGGUACAAAUGAUUUCAACCCUUGUAUUCAUUUUGAAAUCACAUACCGUAUCAAUUAUACUGUAUACUUAUUUCAAUGAAGCUACCAGUGUUACACAACAUGGAUCAUCGGUGUUUGUUAUGUCCAAUGAAAAUAUUUCGUCUAGAAAUACGGAUUUCCAGAGUUCCGUUACAAUUUUGAUCAAUUUUGCCAAGAACUAUUUCGCUGUUUUCAUACGCUUGAAUUACCUUUCUUGCCGUUUCUUGAAUUAUUUUAGCCCGUAAGUAUGGUUGUAUUUCAUAUUGAUUGAUGAAAGUUAGUAAAGCGAAGUCAACAAUACUAUGCUUAUAUGAGUUAUGGGUAUUCUUGUAUGUAUAUGUAUAUGAACAUCAGUGUUAUUCUUAACGUGUCAAAUUUAAGAUUGUAGAUUUUGUUAUAUAUUACGCAAAUGAAAUGUGAAUGUCGUUGCUGCAAUUCGUCAAAUAGUUGUAUGAAAAAUAGUAUAGCGAGAAUACAUGCGUGGUGUGCACAUACUUGGCUGAAUCAAGCAUCACAUUCAGUCGUGUUUUAAUAUUACAAAAUAUUAUUACUUACGACUGAAGUAGUUUGUUUUUGCAUGAUAUUAAAAUACAUAGAUUGCUUUGAGAAUAGUCUAAAACCGCUUUUUAUCACAUGCUAUACCCUGUUUCCCAUGGUAUACAACCAUUACAUUUUUUUUACACAUGUGUAAUACAACAUUUUUAAGCGUUUUCAUUGGCUUAGAUUUCGUUUAUUGACCAAUCGCAUUUUGUUAUUUUGCUGAAAUGACGUUGCAACGUCAAAUGACGUCACGAAAUGUAAACAACAUUCUGGAUUUAUCAUUAUGUUUUCGUAAAUAUUUAUUUAAUUUGCUCUAAAGCAUGUGAUAAACAAAAAAUGACACUCGUUGUCAUUUCAUACCAUAUUUUAUGAACUCAUCCAGGAAAUUCGUUAGUAAGCUCGCCAAAGGCUCACUUACUAACAAAAUUCCUGAACUCGUUUAAUAAAAUAUGGUAUGAUAUAACAACUCUUGCCAGAUUCUAUAUAUCUUUUUGACACGCAUGAUAUUGUUACAUUGGAUUAAUGCAUUACGCUAUAUUAGAAGUCUUAAUAUUUAUAUUCUUAUAUUGUGAGAAAAGAAUUGAACUUAAUAUCAUAUUUCUGUACUUCGAUAUUAUUUAUUCUAGAAAACUUUAAACUUUAAAUCAUGAACAAUUGAUAUAUUCUUUUGAUGAAUGGACUGUACAGUGUACGCACAUUGCAUGCAGAUAUUUCUUUGUUCCCUUUUUCUUUAAAAAAAAUUAAUGUCGUGCGAAUAUAUCUCGAAGCUAGUGUUUCGUUAGAUUUCUGAACAUAUGUUUCGAUGUUAUUUAUCAUUGAAAUAAAUGAACUGGUACAAUGCACUAUACUUUCUUUGUUAUAUGUCCUUGAGGAAUACACUGACUGUAUAUUUAGAAAAUCGAUUUAGAUAUUAUUGGUUAAUGAGAAAAAUAAUCUCUA